GUAAACUUUGCUUAAGACAAAUGAUAAUAAUUAUAAUGUUGCCCUAACCUUUCUCUCUCUUACCUUCCACAGUUUUUAUUUAUAUAAAAGGGAGAGGGGAAACAUCUAAUUUUAGCAAGGUAUCUCCUAAAAGCAUCUGCACUUUUUUGGUUUCUUGUUAUCUUGGACUUUCUCUCUUUCUUUCGUUCUUUCUUUUCCUUUGUCCAUUUUUUACGAUGUCGACUGCAGUCGGUUCUCUCUCGACUAAGGAUGUUAAGUUUAAUCCUCAAGUAAGAGAGGAAGAACUCGGUAGGAUGACGAUGAUAGAUCGAGAAGAAGAAAAGAUCACUGAAGAAGAAGAAGAAGAGAACAAACUUAAGGGAGAGAGAGAAAUGGAUCUCGGUCCUCUAUUCUCUCUCAAAGAACAACUCGAAAAAGAUAAGGACGAUGAAAGUUUGAGGAAAUGGAAAGAACAGCUGCUGGGUAGUGUGGAUCUCUCAGCCAUUGGAGAAAGUAAAGAAGCAGAAGUGAAAAUCCUGAGCCUAACCAUCCAAUGUCCAGGGCGACAAGAUCUUGUGCUCCCAUUGCCAUUUACCAAAACAGCUUCCAAGAGUAGUAGUAGCUGCCUCUUCACCUUAAAGGAAGGCUCUCGGUACCGACUCCUGUUCAGUUUUGUCGUUGCUGGGAACAUCGUCUCGGGUCUCAAGUACACAAACACUGUCUGGAAGACUGGGGUUAGAGUGGAUCAUAGCAAGAAAAUGCUUGGAACUUUCAGUCCUCAGAAGGAACCUUAUGUGUAUGAAAUGGAAGAAGAAACUACACCCUCUGGAAUGUUUGCAAGAGGAUCCUAUUCUGCAAGAACAAAGUUUGUGGAUGAUGAUGGGAAGUGCUAUUUGGAUGUGAGUUACCAUUUUGAAAUCCAAAAGAAAUGGCCAACAACACCCUCUACUUCAUCAUGAAUAUUAUAUAUAUAUGUUGUUGUUGUUUAUUAAUUUCAACAAAAACUUUGUUCUAAUUCCUAUAUUUGGAGAUAUAGCUUUGGCUUUAUUAUCAUUAUUCUUAUUAUUAUUGUGUUUCUUUUUUCCAUUAGCUUUUGCUGUAAUCCAAAUUGGAAUUAUGUCUAUUCACUUGUUCAUUCAAUAUAUAUAUACAGAUUUUUUUUCCUCUCU